AUAAUCAUGGUCAUGGAAACGGAAUCUACCAGCAUCAGCUUCCUUUGAUGAUGUCAUAAAGCACAAACACAUAGCAGACGCGCACAGGCCUAUAUAAAGGGCAGCAGACCCACAGACAGCUUCAUUUGCACACUGGCUUUAGACCUGAGCACACCUACGAUGGCUACUGGUGGACCACACGUGGACAACAUGGAGUUAUUUUCAGACAUACUUAAAGCUGAAUUGGAACAAAAGAAUGAGCUUUUACAAAGAGACUUACGAGAUCUGGAAGCCAGAAAACUAGUUUUUGGUGACCAGAAACGCGACUUUCAACAAACGGUGGAUGCGUUUGAGAAAAAGAUAGCUCGCAUCAGGGAAAGUCUCCAGGAGGAAAAAGAGAAACUGGAAACAAAAACACGGGAUCUGGAGAAACGAGAACGUCACUUUGAGGAUCAACAAAAGAAACUAACGAAUCACGUUGAUGAACUAAAGACGAACUCUCAGAAAGGAAGAGAUCAUUUAGUUUCAACUCAGUUUCUCGACGAACAAAGAGUAAAGAUUGAGCUGGAAGACAGGGAACAGCAGAAACAAGGACAAGAAAUUCAGGAUGAGUGGAAUAAGAUUAAAGAAACUCAAAUUGCUAAUUGUGAGUCGGACGAAAACUUCAAUGAGACAAAAGAGGAAGUCGGAGAUUUAUGGAAAGCUUUACAGGAAAGCAAAGAGAGAUCAACAGAAGAAAUUAAUAACCUGAAAAGAGAUCUGGAAAGACAGAAAUUAGAGUUUAUUGAAUUUAAGGAACAAACAGAAAGGGAGUUAACAGCAGAGAAGCAGACUCUCCGCGAUGAGAGGGAGCGUUUAAACGCUGAGAAAAUGACUCUACAGAACCAGAUCGUUGAGUUUGAGCAGAAACAGACCGAAUCAGAGCAGAUGAGACAGAUUCUGCUCAAAGAGAAACUAGAUGUUCAACUUCUGAGAGAAAAUCUGCAAGAGGACAAAGUGGAGUUUAUGGAAACAGCAGAAGGCUUCCAGAAAGAUUUCAACGAAAGUCUAAACUAUUUGAAGGAGAAGCUGGAAUUUCUGAGUGUUGAGAAGAGAAGUCUGGAGGAAGAGAAGCAACGUUUCCUGAUGACUAAGUCAGAAUCAGAGACGGAACAAGGGCGGAUUUACGAAAUCCUCCAGGAAGAAUUAAACAAUUUGCAUCUGGGAAAACAAAGUCUGGAAACACAAGUGAUGGACUUUAGGGAAGAGAUUGCUGCAGCAGGUACGAUCUUAGAAGAGAAGGAAACGGCUCUGGAAGAAGGGCUGGAGGGUCUGAGACUUCAGAGAGAAACUCUGGAGGAAGAAAAGACAAAUUUCCUGUUAACAAAGUUCAGAUGGGAAGAGGAGAAUGAAGAAAUACGGGCUUACCUCCAACAAGAGCUGAAAAGAUUACGAGCUGGGCAACAGAGUCUAGACAAACAGAUGACGGACUCUGAAGAGAGAAACAUGAAUCCAGAGCUGAUCAUUCAGGACAUUCAACGGGUUCUUCAGGAAGAAAGAGACAGUUUAGUAACGCUCCGACAAAACCUGGAGGAAGAGAAGCAACGUUUCCUGAUGACUAAGUCAGAAUCAGAGAUGGAACAAGGGCGGAUUUACGAAAUCCUCCAGGAAGAAUUAAACAAUUUGCAUCUGGGAAAACAAAGUCUGGAAACACAAGUGAUGGACUUUAGGGAAGAGAUUGCUGCAGCAUGUACGAUCUUAGAAGAGAAGGAAACGGCUCUGGAAGAAGGGCUGGAGGGUCUGAGACUUCAGAGAGAAACUCUGGAGGAAGAAAAGGCAAAUUUCCUGUUAACAAAGUUCAGAUGGGAGGAGGAGAAUAAGGAAAUACAGGCAAAACAGCUGGAAAAAUUCCAAAUUAGGCAACAAACUCUCAUCAAACAGAUGACGGACUCUGAAGAGAGAAACAUAAAUCCAGAGCCGAUCAUUCAGGACAUUCAACGGGUUCUUCAGGAAGAGAGAGAGUGUUUAGUAACGCUCCCACAAAGCCUGGAGGAAGAGGAACUAGAGUUUAUGGAAACAAGGGAAGCAGAAAAUCAUCUUUUAAAUGAGAAACAACGAGCUCUGGAAGAAGAGGUUGAACUUUUGACUCAAGAGAAAAUGAUUUUUGAAGCGAGAAUGGACGACACUGAUAAAAAAAUUGGAAGAAUUCUCCAGCUUUUUCAAGAGGACCAGAGACAUUUAGAUCAGAUCAGGCAGGAGCUGAAAGAGCAACCACAAGCGUUGGAACUGAACGCGGCAUCUUUAAACGUGGAAGACGAGCAGCCACCUGUGGAGGACGAGUCAGACAGUCCCACAGCUGCGUCUGAAGAUCUGGGGGAACUGAGUUUAGAAAAAACUGUGAGUACCCAGGUACCCAGUGACGGGUACCCAACUGUUCCCGGUCUUCAUGAUGAUAACGACGAGCUUCCAGAGAACCCUGGGCCUGCCCAUGGGAGCGCUGAAGAAGACUGGGAGGCUGAAGAGCCAAGGCCUUCUACAUCUGGCCUAGGAUCCAGCUGGGACCAGUCCGACUUCUACUGGAGAAGUCUUCUUCCAGAACACCAAUGAAGAUCAGAAAAGCAUAUACAAGUGAAGUAGGGAGCUUGGGAUGGGCUUAGAUUUUUUAAAACUAGGAAACAGAGAAUUUGAAUCAGGAAAACGUAAAAUUUUCAGAGAGAAGAAACUGAAUGGGUGAGAGUAGACGCUGCAAACCUGCAGGAACAGGACAUGCAGGCAGAGGAAAUAAUACGAGCAGCCAAUCUAAAUUUAGUAAAUAGUAACACACAGGAACACGAGGGAGUAAACAAAGGCUCAAAGUUUAGAAGAGCCGAAAAUUAACCUGAAGUUCUCCAAGAGCUUCUGCAGGAGGAAACAGGAAUGGGUGAAAUAUUUUAGCUCUAACAAUUACGCUUACCAGAGCUUCUAGUUUCCGUGGACUAAGAGUCAACACCUUAGAUGGGUUGGCUCUUGAUUUAAAAUGCCACUACAUUAAAGAAGUUUUACUCUAUGUGUCUAGGAUGUAGCUUCUUCCACCACCAGGUACUAAAAUACAAACAAACAAACAAACAAAAAAAAAACGCAGCACAGGUGAGAUCUCAACAGAUCAGAUCAUUUCUGUGUCUCCGUGUGCUGCGUGGGGGUUUUCUCUGGGUGCUCCAGUUCACCCCCAACCCAAAAUCCUAAAAUCCUGACACGUUAAGCCUAAUUUAUACUUCUCCGUCAUCGCCACUUCUCCGUCUCCUGGGGAGUGUCGCAAAGCAAUUCCCCGCCUGGACAUUUAACCCUCUCAGGCUCAAAAUAAGUUUUGAUAAAAGGACGAACAACUAAGUCCUUCAGGGGUACUUCUGAGUUAAAAAUGCUCAUGAAACACGUGUGGAGUAACCAGGUAGGUAGGUUUUAACCUGCCUGCCUCCAGAGGGUUAAAACACGAUGAAAACAUACUUUCUAUCAAACAUCUCACAUCAACCCAGUUAAUUUAAUAGGUUUUAGAGAUCAUUGUCACGGUUCUGUCAUGGAUCAGUACUUCUCUGCAUGGACUUCAUGACCCAAUACAUGCAAUGCAUGUUAAAGACAAAGCAGGCUUCUUCUAUGGUUGGAUGGUAUUUCAGCUCUCGUCCUGAUGACUUAGGUUUGGGGUAAAGUAAAGGUGAAUUUAUCUUCUAAACAUAGAUUAUAUGUGUUUUAGAACAUCGUGUGUUUGACGACGCCUGUUCAGAGUCAUAAAUCAUUUAUUAGCUGAUAGAUUAAAUUCUGCAUCCCUGACAUAAAUCUAGGGAGGACCCCCGAGACCCCAACAACUCAAAAAUAUCAACAUCAAUUACGAUAACGUAUAUGUAUAUUAUCACUACAGUACAUAUACAAAUUAGUGAUCCUCUAUAUCUGGAAAAAAUUAUUCUUCAUAUAAUUUCUUAAAGGCCCAGUGUGUGAUAUUUUUACUUGUUUACUAUCAUCCUGUGUUUCCAGUUCACAAACGUGUCCUUUUUCACUAACAUUUCUCAUCAACGUCAAGUCUAAAUAUUCCUCUCAACUUGUAAUUAUACAUUUUUAUAUACAUAAACUGUGGUUGACCCUCCAUGGUCAUCCACCAUCUUAAAGUACAGUAGCUGUUUAGGGACAUAGGAGCUCGACGUUACGCGUUUGGACUAUGACUGUAACCUGACAAAACCAGCAGAGGGCAGCAGUGAGCCCUGGCAGCAUGGAGUCUGAUAAUUAAACUAAGAAAUAGAAACGAAUAGCUACACCGUUGCUGUACUUGUUAGUUUGAAUAAAAAAACUAUUAAAUAAAAAGACACAAAUUUUGUCAGCUCCUCAUCAUGUCCAACACAAGAAAGCCGUUCAGACCCUCGCCUGCUAUUAGCUAGACACCAGCCUCCGAUUAGUGUCCCUGACUCCCAAACUCACCUCAAGUUGUUCAUUGGUCUUUUCCUAGUACCAGAACUCCCGAUCCGGUCCCAACAUGUCUGUUCCAAAGUACUCAAGUCGCCUCUCUUCUUGCAGUAGGGCUGCAACUAACGAUUAUUUUCAUAAUCGAUUAAUCUGUUGAUUAUUUUUUCGAUUACUUGAUUAAUCUGUUUGUUAUUGUUUAGCUAUUUAACCUAUACAAGUGAGGAAUACAUUUCAGUUAAGAAAAAGAAAAACAUAAGAGAAUUGUGCAGUUUACUGCAAUCUAUUUUAUUGCACAUGAACACAGUCAGUGGUGUAAAAUGAGCUAAACAGUGCAAAAUAUCAGUCCAGAAUAAUUUUUGGCAUCAAAAUAUAAGAGGUAAAUUCCAUAAAAAAUAAUGUAGAAUUGCUGGAGGGUUAGUGCCUUGUUCCCCAUGUAGUUGUCCAUCGUUGCUUGUUUUUUUCUGCAUAAGAAACACAAAUAGACUGAAAUAAGUACACAUAAAAUAAAGCAGCACACACACUACAACACUAAAUCAAUAUUAUAUUAUUUGAAUUAAUUAACAGUAUACAGUGAUCAUUUAUUUUGACAAAAAUGUGUUGUGAGGCGUUUUACAGCGUUAGACAGUAAAACAGCCUUUUAAUAGUAAAAAAAAAUUACUUUUUCUGAAUUUCUCCUGUAUUUAAAAAUUGAAAGCGUACAACUAUGCCGCGUUAUAUUCACCUGGACACAGCUCGUCUGUAUAUUUUUCUCCGCGGAGUUGUCCUUUUUUGAAUGAGGAACAUAGUUAUGGGUUUGUGCCGUUUUUCUCUUAACGAGAACAUUCUUAUAAACAGACGUGCUAAAUUUGGCAAGCGCAUGAUUCACAACACGGAGGAGAUUCACGAUUGCUUCUAGUCAAUCAGAAGUAGAACACCGUAGACUGACGUGGCAAUAAAACAUGUUUAACGUCCAGUAUAACAAACUCAGCUAAAACACUAAGUCACACAUUGGAUCUGCGUGUAGUGAUGGACCACUAUAUUUAGCUUGUUUUCUGUUACUUACCGGGCUGGCGCUUCCUCUGCUGCAUCAGCCCCCACAUGUUUUCGUCUCAAAUGUUCACUUAGGGACGUCGUGCUUCCGUGCCAUGCUAGAUGGUUUUUGCAUAUUUUGCAGGUCACCCGUCUUUUCAUGGCAUCUAGAGUGAAGUGCUCCCAUACUCGUGAGGUUUUUGUCCGGGGUUUCUCUUCAGUUUUGUCGCUUCUAUUUUUCUUCCGUAUUUCUUCUUGAUCCGCCAUCUCUCACAGCAAGAUGAGCGUCAGUAACGUGUUACGUCAUGAAAACCGAGGGCGCUUAUUGGCUCGUUUCUUCUUCUACGGCUCCACUGGUAGAUCAGUGGCUCAAUACUGCCACACACUGGCGGCAAAUUUAACAGAUUGUAACCGAUGUCACAUUGUGGUAAAAAUAGACUUUAUGCAGUAAAAUGUGAUUAUUAAACAACAAAUCGAUGACUAAAAAAGCUGUUAAUUAUUUUAAUAAUCGAUUAUAAUCGAUUAGUUGUUUUGUUGCAAGUCCCAUCCGGUAAAGACUUAGAAACAGUGGUCAGAGACAAGGGUCACAGAAGGGUCAAGAGGACAAGAGUUCAGGACUUGCUAGCGGGGACAGAACUAGGCAAAAGGUCAAAAGGCAGGCUGGCUUCUCUGGAUCCACCCAUGGCCCCUCCCCUGGCUCCUCCUCUGGCGGGAAAAGAAGGACUGGACUGGAGUGAGGACAGUCCAUUUGGACCCAGAAGUCCUCAGGAAUGCUGGAGGAAGAUCUACAAUUUGCUACUAACAUGAAGAUUUAUGGCCUGUGCUCUCAUUCCAGGAGUGCAACAUGUAACUUUUGUGCCCUCAUGUGAAUACUGCAUGUAGUGAAAAUGAUACCAAAUGUCUUAUGUAGAGCUAAAAAAGUGUAUUUGGUAAAUGACCCCUUGACCUAAACUGUCAGGAGAGAAUGACUUGUGACUCUUACAUUGUUUAGAGCAGUCUCAGGAAUGAUAUAAAAGGAUGCAGCUCAGAUCGGGCGAGAACCUUUUGAAGGAGACUGGAUGGAAGAUUCUCAGAAGACAAGAGCUAGUGUAAACUAACUCUUAUUUAAUCAUUUUGAACUAAUCCCUCCUUGGGGGAUAGCAGUUGUUUUUAUACUUACUCAUUUUUGUAUUUUUGAUUUUGUAAUAAACCUUUUUUGAAAAAGAAACAUAAUCCUGAUUCUUUCAGGUUUUCUCUAAAGCUUCACGUUUGGAGCCCUGACCAUAAUUGCACAGAGGUAAGCAUGUCGAUUAUAGGUCUCUGAAUUAUCAGGACUUACUUUACAGUUUGUAAUAAAAUAAUAUAAAGAAACCUUAAGAUAAGGGGAGUUUUAACUCUCCCCCCCUUGCGAGUAACGAGUUGUCUUAAGGGCAAUAAAACCAGGAUAUUAGAGGUUAUUUUGGCUCUGAUUGCAGGUUGAAAAAGUCUCUAACAGCUGGAGGGUUGGAUUCAUUAAAUAAAUUGAUAAACUUAUGUUAGCCUGAUCAACUAGCAUAAAUCAUUUUAUAGUUACCAACCUCCCACAUAAGCUGUUAGAGGCGCAAUUAAUCCGGAUAACCCAAACAAUUGCUGAGAGGCUUGGCUUGCCUCCAGACUUCUCUCUAGUAUCUUAACCAAAAGGUAACGAGUUUAAAAGAAGUGGACUACUCUGGGGAUUGCUAUUUGUGCAAGUCAUUUCACCUUUAAAAUAAAAGACACGAUUCUAAUUAGGAGGUCCAACCCCGGGUCUGAUACGAUAAAACUCGCCGACAUCCCCUAGAACCCUGAUGGAUGCAUUGUCUCAUAAGUUCUAACGGAACCGGUAAAUGGGACGGGCACGCGACAGUUUCAGCUCUAUCUUGCAGCCUGCCGUCUGGCCCAACACGCUCGUCCGUUAGCCAGUGGCUAAAUCAGCGUUGUUUACUUAACACUUCACUAACAGCGACGUAGUUCUCCACGCGUCACAGAGACGCUCUGACACAGGGCUAUUUCUCAAACGUUACCUUUAGACUUGGGCCUCCUUUUGCUGGUAAUCCGUGGGAGUUUACACACAGCGUCUCCCCGGCUCUAGCCAUGGCUAACUAGUAGCUUGGUGGCUCGUGACUAGGGUUGUCACGAUACUAAAAUUUCAAACUGAUUCGAUACUUGAAAAAAAAAACUCGAUACUCGAUUUCGAUACUAUUUCAAAACACCCAUUUAUCGAACAAGUUUAU